UUGCACCCAAGCAGUGCUAGUGGCGACCUCCAUCUUUUUACUCUUUUUUUUUCUUAAACUGGGAUGCAAUGGUAGGGGUAGGGGAGAGAGAGAGAGAGAUCAGACGGGAGACGAGAGACUUUUCAAAGCUUAGCUUGCGCCUUGUAGUCUGUACUCUGUAGCUGUGCGUGCCCACACUACCAUUUGCUCCCUCUCCUCGCUACCUAUGUCCUCGUUCGCUGCCUGGCCGCGCCAGCGCCACCCCUCCUCCUCUAGCAGUCCUCUCUCUCCGCUCGUGUGCUGGUCCAUCGCCUGCCUCCUCGGUUUGUCCUGAAUCCUUGGACCGACGCACGCACACAAGCUCAGCUCAGCUCAGGUACCGCCGCUACCUUUCCCCGGCCCCCGCUUCAAAUCUUUUCGCCCUUUCCCUGCACCGUCUGGGGCUCGAUCAGCGUCAGUUACCACGACGACCGAUCUUGCUCGCCAGCGAGAGCGACCCCUCCCCUCCCUACUUCCCAUGCUGAUCUCGGCGCGCUUCUCUUCCUCCUCCCCCAGAGCCGGGCACUGAUUUCCCUUGGCUGCUGCUGCUGGAUUCUUUGGUGUUCCAUCAGGCCAAGGAUCCCGCAAAGAGCUCCGGAGCCAAGCCUGCUGCAGCCGUCGCGUCGGGUGAGGCAGGCUUCAGCUUCAGUCUCCUACUCGACGAGGCAAGCGGAUCGGAGCGGGCCUCCGCUCCGCCAUGAUGAGCUUCAAGGGCCACGAGGGGUUUGGCCAGGUGGCCGCCGCCGGUGCCGGGAGCCAGGCUGCCUCCCAUGGUGGAGCAGGCCCGCUGCCAUGGUGGGCGGGGCCCCAGCUGCUGUUCGGCGAGCCGGCGCCCCCGUCACCGGAGGAGACGCGCCGGGACGCCCAGUUCCAGGUCGUGCCGGGGGUUCAGGGCACGCCGGAUCCAGCGCCGCCCAAGACAGGGACACCUGAGGUCCUCAAAUUCUCUGUCUUUCAAGGGAAUUUGGAGUCGGGUGGUAAAGGAGAGAAAACCCCAAAGAACUCUACCACUAUUGCUCUUCAGUCACCGUUCCCAGAAUACAAUGGCCGUUUCGAGAUUGGUCUUGGUCAAUCUAUGCUGGCCCCUUCCAAUUAUCCUUGUGCUGACCAGUGCUAUGGCAUGCUUGCGGCUUAUGGAAUGAGAUCGAUGUCUGGUGGGAGAAUGCUGUUGCCACUAAAUGCGACAGCUGAUGCACCCAUCUAUGUGAAUCCGAAGCAGUACGAAGGCAUCCUCCGCCGUCGCCGUGCUCGCGCCAAGGCGGAGAGCGAGAACAGGCUCGCCAAAGGCAGAAAGCCCUAUCUCCACGAGUCGCGCCACCUCCACGCGAUGCGUCGGGUAAGAGGCACCGGCGGGCGCUUCGUCAACACGAAGAAAGAAGGGCGUGGCACGGGCGUUGCUUCGAACGGGGGCAGCAAGACGGCUGCAGCGGCACCGUCGCGCCUCGCCAUGCCCCCUAGCUUCCAGAGUAGCGUCGCCAGCCUGUCUGGCUCCGACGUGUCAAACAUGUACAGCGGCGGCUUGGAGCAGCACCUUCGGGCGCCGCACUUCUUCACCCCGCUGCCACCCAUCAUGGAGGACGGCGACCACGGUGGUCCCCCCACCCGCAUCUCCUCCUCCUUCAAGUGGGCAGCCAGCGACGGCUGCUGCGAGCUCCUCAAGGCGUGAACCGACGAGGAGGAGGGGAUGGCUACUCAGACGAACGGCCUUCUCGCCGAUGGCUGGUCGUCUGUAGGCAAAUCAUUCUUGGCUGUUCCGCAUUGGGGUGCAACCUCAUCCACAUCAUCUACCUACCCAGUAGGCCAGUACCCCCUGUUCCCUGAACAGUGCUUGGGUUACAGGGGUCCUCCUGUGUGUGUGAUGAUGUGGUGUGCCUCCCCCACAUGCAUUUGCUGUAACAUAAUAGUGUACCCAAACCACUGCUUCGGACUAUCAUUGUCUGUCUCGGUAUGGAUUCUCUGUUGUCACAGUGUCUGAAUAAUUGAGGCGUCAGACUUCAAAGUUGCUCCGGUUCUUGGAGAUGGGUA